AUGGACGCCGAGCUCGUGGAUUCCAUCUUCACAGCUCGCCUCGACUUCGCCCCUAACGGGAUCAACCCGCCCCACACCCAUCCGCGUGCUACUGAAGCCUUCCUUUUGGUGGAAGGCACUCUCUACGUGGGGUUCGUCACUUCCAACCCGGCCGAUCCCACCACCCAGAAGAACAAGCUCUUCACCAAGUACUUGCACCCGGGAGAUGUGUUCGUCUUCCCACAAGGUCUCAUUCACUUCCAGUUCAACGUCGGAAAGACCAACGCGGUUGCAUUUGCCAGCUUCGGGAGCCAGAAUCCGGGUACCAUAACCGUUGCCAAUGCGGUGUUCGGGUCGGACCCAAAGAUCAACCCGGAUGUGUUGGCCAAGGCUUUCCAGGUUGAGAAGAACAUCAUCGAUUACCUCCAGGCCCAAUUCUGGUCCAACUAUAACUAA